GAUGCCUACCGAUGGCAUGAGUUAUCGAUAAUUUCGACGCUGCAGCGACGCAGCAGAGCAAACUCGUUUCGCCUUUCGUUUCACAAAUUUUUAUAUAACUUUCGGAGCGACAGGGCCGACACAUAAACAAAAAAAAAAUUUUACUGUGUACAAGUUUGGAUACCCUCAUCCCACACCUGCGUCGCAUCCUGCAAUUCCAAAAUUUUUGUUUUCUAGAUCAAGGUUUUCCAGGCAGAGUAAACAAACAACAAGAACAACAGCUGACACAACAACGAACAACCUGUGCGCGUCUGAUUAAUUUUCCUGGUUAGAUAUUUUCAAUUAGCAGUCGGUAGCAUCAUGUCGAUCAGGAGAGCCAUGUCCACAACGUCCUCCAAAGAGUGGCGGGAUUACUUUAUGAGUACCCACUUCUGGGGACCGGUGGCCAACUGGGGUAUUCCGGUAGCUGCUCUUGCCGACACACAAAAGAGUCCCAAGUUUAUCUCCGGCAAAAUGACACUGGCUCUGACCCUCUACUCGUGCAUCUUCAUGCGAUUCGCCUACAAGGUCCAGCCCCGUAACUGGCUGCUCUUCGCCUGCCAUGCCACCAAUGCCACCGCCCAAUCGAUCCAGGGUCUGCGCUUCCUGCACUACAAUUACGGGUCAAAGGAGCAGCAGGCGUAAUUGAACCGCUGCUUUGAAUCCCAUUCCCCCGAGAGCGACGCGUGAGGCCACUUCAAAUGUUUACCCAACAGCAGCAGCUACCGCAAUUUACUGUCAUCACACGCAACAAACCUCUAGCAAAUUGCACUGCCCCCCAAUUCAAAACCAAGUGGUAAAGUAAUUGCCGUGAAUAACACCCGCACAAUUGGCUGAAUCUCGAAUCGCGAAGUUGUGGUCGCACUGUCGUCGUUUGUUGUGGGGUCAUAUCCAAAUUCCAAUUGUCUAUCCCAAACUUUUUUAGUUAAUUCCGUUUGGCAGUUGAUCAAAAUUUUAAGUCGGUGCAAUCCUUAGUUUACGAUCAUAUAGUAUGUUUACAAGAAUAUGAUUUAAAGUUAAAUAAAAACAAAAAAUCGAAUUUUGUAUGUAAUCUGUGACCCCGUAAUGGUUGUAAUAAAAAUUGUACAUUGAAUUCUUUCGGAAA